AUGCACACUUGGCGCUUGUUAUCACACUCCACCUGGCUUCUCUACGCCUCUGUGCUGGCAUCUGACGUGGCAGUGCUGCCACGUGGCGACGAGACGGAGAUCGGGGAGCGGGGGAUCAACCUAUCAGGCGGGCAGAAGCAGCGCAUCCAGGUGGCGAGGGCCGUGUACCAUGAUGCUGACAUCUACCUGCUUGAUGACCCCUUCUCCAGUGUUGACACCGCCACCGGCUCCUUGAUCUUUGAUCGCAUUCAGGUGGCGAGGGCCGUGUACCACGAUGCUGACAUCUACCUGCUUGAUGACCCGUUCUCCAGUGUUGACACCGCCACCCAAGGAUAA